GAAUAUGUGUAAACUAUGGUCUAUGACCAGUGAUGUUUCUAUAGCGUGGAUGAGUAGCUGAUUUGUUGACGAGAGUUGUUACUGUUUUUCUGUAGCCGACAGUUCAAGAGAGAAAGAAAUGGAAACAUUGCUGGGGAUUGCAUUUAGGGAUUUUGUCAUAGUAGCUGCUGAUAUGACACAUGCCAAGAGCAUAAUGGUUAUGAAAGAUGAUGAAGAUAAGCUUCAGAAAUUGUCUGAAAAACUGGUUAUGGCAAUUGCCGGGGAAGCUGGCGAUACAACACAGUUUUCUGAGUACAUAGCAAAAAAUAUACAACUGUAUAAAAUGAGAAACGGCUACGAGCUGUCCCCUGCCGCUGCAGCUAGCUUCACGCGUCGGAAUUUAGCAGAGUAUUUAAGGAGUAGGACUCCAUACAUUGUAAAUAUGCUGAUAGCUGGUUAUGAUGAUGCUGAUGGUCCCGAGCUGUAUUUUCUGGAUUAUUUGGCAUCUCUUGUCAAGAUCCCUUAUGCGGCACAUGGAUAUGGAGGGUACUUUGCUCUCAGUAUAAUGGACAGAUACCACAAACCAAAUAUGACAGUUGAAGAGGCUUAUGAUCUACUGAAGAAAUGUGUGAGAGAAGUACAGAAACGUUUAAUUAUUAAUCUUCCAAAUUUUAAAGUUCAAGUGAUUGACAAGAAUGGUAUUAAAGACCUGCCACCUAUAACUGUCACUACGUUAGCUGCAGAAGUUUGAUGUGUUGCUGACUAUGGAAUGUCUUAAUUGAAGGUGGUAACACUACACUGUGUUACCCGAAGAGAGGGAAAUGGAAAAGUUUUCCUCAUUGCCAGUUACUUUAAAUUACUUUUUCUUGUAUUUUUCUUAUUUGUGGAUUAAUACUUGUAAAAAUUUUAAGAAAUUAAAUCAUUAUUUUGGAA